UGCGUUGGAUGACUUUUUUCUUUUUUCUUUUUUUUGAGUGCAACUAGUCAAAGCUGCAAGAGUGGAAGACUCCCGAUGCCAAAUUCUAAACGGCGGGACUCUCAACACCAUGAUGUCUGUAUUCCUCUUGCAACCACAAUUUCCAAUAUCUCAAAAAUGAAUCAAAACAUGUUCAUCCUCACUUUCCUCCUCUUCUUACCAAACCAGCACUUCGCAGGAGCUGUAGAUGAAUAUUACCUAGAUUGUAGAUUGCCCGCCAGAACUUGCCCUGAUAACCAAAUUAUAAGGUUUCCGUUUUAUCUUCGAGACCAACAAAAAUCCUACUGUGGGUACCCUGGUUUCGAGGUCUCUUGCGAUGAAGAUGGCCACUCAAUUCUCAAUCUCUUCGUUAACGACCCUUACAUCGUCCGCCACAUCUCCUACGAGAAACGUUCUCUUAUCGUCUCCAACGCCGCAAUUUCACACAAUUCAACACCCAAUUGCAUUCCUCCUCUGCAAAAUAUAUCCUUUCCCAGUGAAAGAUUCGAGCUUCCAAAACAAAACCAAGUCUUUUUUCUCAGCGAUUGCAGCCCACCUAGAGUUCCAGAGUACGAGAUCGGUUGCUCUUCGGAAAACGCUACCAAUUGGAUAUUGGGUGUGCCUGAGAAUGAGAAAGAACAAUUGGGCAACUUGUCUAAGAAGUGUGGAGAUGGGAAAGUUGUGGUGAUGCCGGUGAAAGAUUACGAUAGCAGUGAUGAUGAGAGCGUUGGAAUGAGACAAGUUUUGAGCAGAGGAUUCGAGCUCACAUGGAAAGCCGAAGAGUGUAGCCGUUGCCAGAGUAGUGGAGGGGUAUGUGGAUUCAAUACUUCCUCUUACCUUUUUCAAUGCUACUGCGAAGAUAGGCCUCAUCGUGUCCGUUGCCAAGCCGCAGGAAACGGAAACAAGAUUUUCAAAGCAACAAUAGCCACAACAGUUGGAGCAGUCGGGGUUCUAACUGUGAUAGUGAUAUGCUGCAUAAGGAAAUUCAAAUAUAAUAAACCUAUAUGUUUCUGGAAGAAGCAGAAUCAAACGGAUCAAAAUAUCGAGGCCUUUCUAAGCAACUAUGGACCUGUACAAGUCAGAAGAUAUAGUUAUUCGGAUGUUAAGAAAAUGACCAACUCCUUCAAAGAAAAAUUAGGCCAAGGGGGCUACGGUGGUGUAUACAAAGGAAAAUUACAUGAUGACGAUCUUGUUGCAGUAAAGGUGUUGAAUGAUUCGAAAGGCAAUGGAGAAGAAUUUAUCAACGAGGUGGCUAGCAUUAGCAGAACUUCCCAUGUCAACAUUGUUUCUCUGUUUGAGGGUCCAAAAAGAGCUCUCAUCUAUCAGUUCAUGCCUCAUGGAUCUCUUGAGAAAUUUAUAUUCAACAAUAAUCAUUCUUUGGGAUGGGAUACACUCUUUCAAAUUUCGCUUGGCAUUGCUCGAGGCCUUGAAUAUUUACAUCGUGGUUGUAAUACCCGAAUUCUGCAUUUUGACAUAAAGCCACAUAAUAUUCUUCUUGAUGAGGACUUUUCACCAAAAAUCUCUGAUUUUGGUCUUGCUAGAGUAUGUACCAGAAAGGAGAGUAUCAUAUCAAUGUUAGAUGCAAGAGGGACUAUUGGAUACAUCGCUCCAGAAAUAUUUUGUAGAGAAUUUGGAGGGGUUUCACACAAGUCUGACGUGUAUAGCUAUGGAAUGCUGGUUUUGGAAAUGGUUGGAGGGAGAAAGAAUGUGAAUGUUGGUGUUGAUGAUACUAGUGAAAUAUCUUUUCCACACUGGAUUUACAAGCGUAUUGAAUUAGAUGAAGAACUUGGAUUGAAGAGAAUUAUGAACGAAGUCGAAAAAACCGAAGUGAAGAAGAUGAUAAUAGUAGGUUUAUGGUGUGCGCAAAUUGAUCCUUCAAAUAGACCAACAAUGAGUAGAGUCAUAGAAAUGUUGGAAGGAAGUCUUGAUUCCUUGGAAAUGCCACCCAAGCCAUUCUUGUCUUCUCCUUCAAAUUCAAAUUUUCCACCUGAUUCUUCCAGUAUGAUUGUAUGAAUGCAAACUUUUUAGCAUGUCUCUGCUACAUGAUAUGAACCUUUUCAUGUUUCCUGACUA